AUGGAUACUGUCAUUAGAUUUAUAUUAUCAGAUGUACAGAAUUCGACUUCGGAACGACAUCCAGGUAGAGAGCAAUCUGUACCCGACUUUCACCAGUUGGAUCAGAAUUUUGAUGGUUCGCUAGAAUUUACACCGUGCGUGAUUCUUGAACGCCUACAUAGGGAUUUGGAGGGAAUCGAAGAAAGCAAGCGUAAUCGUAAAGAAGAUGCUGACGAGAAGGAUCGGUUGACGUUUGAUCUUGAUAGACACUCAGGCCGCAACAAGAAUAUCGUCUUUUUUGUUUUGACGCUGGAUUUACCUCCAUCUCCACUAUUCCAAGGUUCCGUUGACAGCAAUACAUCCCGAGUAAGUAAUGGCGCGGGGCCUUCAACACGACAAGUCGGAUACCUUCCAAAACCCAUCGACACGAGGGGGCGCCAUGAAGGGUACUGGCAUACAGAAAGUCCUUCUAUGGUACGAAUGCAGGAUCUGAUAGUCGGAGAUAAAUGCACAGACAAUAUUCUUGAGCGAGAGCUAUAUCCAGAAAACUCGAGACUUGAACCAAAUGACGAUUUUGUCUCGAUGUGUAUAGUUGGGGCUCCGCCUGAUAUCUUCAAACUGAAGCAUCAGUAUAGAGAAUCAUGA